CGCCCCCGUCCUUCCUUCCCCCUCCCUUCUCCUUCCCCAUCCACUCGCUCUCUAUACCACUCACCCCGGUUCAGUCUUCACGACCGAGUACAUUCUUUUCAGAAACACCACACUCUUUUCGACCGCGUGUCAAAUCAACUCUCCCGUCUUCCCAGACUCCUCGCCCUUUUUUUCUUCAGGAACAUUCCUCGAACAAAUCCCACAUUCCAAGCCAAAAUGCGUUUCUCCUUCGCCGCUGUUGUCGCCGCCCUGGCUGCUGGUGUUGUCGCUACCGACGCUGUCACUGAGACCCUCACUGCUUACACCACUUACUGCCCUGAGGCUACCUCCAUCGUCCACGGUGGCUCGACCUACAGCAUCUCUACUCCCGGCCACCUCACCAUGACUGGCUCCUUCACCGUCACCCGCCCUCUGAUCACCCAGACCGUGACCCAGUGCAACAAGUGCUCCUCCUCCACCCCUCUCCCCACCACCCCCGUCUCCUCCGUCUCCUCCACCCCUCUGGUCCCCUCCACCGCUGGUGCCACCGGCACCGCCGUCUCUACCCCCGCUGCCUCCCAGCCCGCUUUCAACGCCGGUGCCAUCAACGCCGCCACUGGCGCUGGUGCCGGUCUGGCCGCCGUCUUCGGUGCCGUCGCCCUCCUCCUGUAAGCGUGAGCUAUAUUAGCUCGCCUGCAGUGAUGAUGUGGUAACGGGAUUCGUAUGCACGGUCGAUGGGUGCAGGUGAAACCAACCAAUCUCGACAUGGUUUUAGUCUAUCUGCCGCAUAGAGCUGGGUCUAUGGCCUGGUGGUUGUUCGGAUCUUGCGCUCUAGCCAGGCGUUUUUUUUGUUCGGGAAUACCUCGGGGUAUGGGAUUCUUUUCAUUUGAAAGCUUUGUUGUUUACUUUCCAGCUGGGGUUACUCUUUUUCUUUUCUAUCUAUUGAUUUUACAUAUUAUCCUCUUGAAUGUACAUGUCUUUUGUCUAUGUCUUAUUAGAUAAUACAUAAUCGAUCUGAAGGGAUCAUUUAUGUCUUUUCCAUUCUGACUGCGACACUGAGUUCGAGUUGCAUUUGUGAGAUUCCUACUGGACAUAUCGUUUCUUUGAUUCCGAAUGACUUUUACUACCAA